GCUCCUGCCGCGGCGUCCCGGAGCUGCGGGGCCCCGUCGCCUGGGCUGCUCGGGCCGCCGAGGUCUGGCGUCGUCAUGGACUCUCCGUGGGAUGAGCUGACCCUGGCCUUCUCCCACACUUCCAUGUUCCCCUUUUUUGACAUCGCCCACUACCUAGUGUCGGUGAUGGCGCUGAGGCGUCAGCCAGGAGCAGUAGCAGUGGCAUGGAAGAAUCCUGUGUCAAGUUGGUUUACUGCCAUGCUCCACUGCUUUGGUGGAGGAAUUUUAUCCUGCAUACUGCUUGCAGAACCUCCACUAAGGUUUCUUGCAAACCACACUAAUGUUUUACUGGCAUCUUCAAUCUGGUAUAUUACUUUUUUUUGCCCAUGUGACCUAGUUUCCCAUGGUUAUUCAUACCUACCUGUUCAGCUCCUGGCUACGGGAAUGAAGGAAGUGACCAGAACUUGGAAAAUAGUAGGUGGAGUCACACAUGCUAACAGCUAUUACAGAGAUGGUUGGAUAAUCAUGAUAGUUAUUGGAUGGGCCCGAGGUGCAGGUGGUGCCAUUAUCACAAACUUGGAGCAAUUGUUAAAAGGAGAUUGGAAGCCAGAAGGUGAUGAGUGGCUAAAAAUGUCAUACCCAUCCAAGGUAACCCUGCUGGGGUCAGUUAUGUUCACAUUCCAGCACACCAAGCAUCUGGCAGUAUCAAAGCAUAAUCUUAUGUUCUUUUAUACCAUCUUUCUUGUGACCACCAAGAUAACCAUGAUGGUUACAGAGACUUCUUCCAUGACACUUGCUCCUUUAGAAGAUGUAUUGAGUCGGAUGCUGUUUGGCUGGCAGCAGCAGUUUUCAUUGUGUAGAAAGAAAAGUGAAACGAAAGCAUCUUUCAAUGGCACUGGUUCAUCUACCUCAAAGCCAAUACCAGAGGAUGUGGUGGAAAAUAUUAAAAAGAAAAACACUAAGAAGACUGAAUAAAUUUACCUGAUGAGCUGCUCUAAAAGGCAAAAAAAAAA